AAAGGCAGUAGCGAAGACUGUAUUCUCACAGUUCUAGAUAUGCCGAAGUUUGUAGUAGCUUGUGUUGCCUUCGGGUUCAUUGUUUGUGUGCACUCUGCACCAGGGGGCUACGGCGGUGGUAGUAAAGGCUAUGGAGGUGGUGGCGGCGGCGGAUUUGGAGGCGGCGGCGGUUUUGGCGGUGGUGGCGGUGGAGGCGGAGGCGGUGGCGGCGGAUUCGGAGGUGGAAUAGGAGGUGGUCAUGGUGCAGGUUUAGGUGGCGGUAAUGGUGGUGGCUUAGGAGGUGGUCACGGAGGAGGCCUUGGUGGAGGAAACGGCGGUGGCAUAGGAGGUGGUCAUGGAGGAGGUCUUGGUGGAGGAAAUGGCGGUGGCUUAGGAGGUGGUCACGGAGAUGGAUUAGGUGGCGGAAAUGGCGGCGGCCAUGGUGGUGGUCUUGGAGGCGGAAGCGGAGGUGGUCUUGGAGGUGGUCACGGUGGCGGUCUUGGGGGCGGAAGCGGAGGUGGUCUUGGAGGUGGUCACGGUGGCGGUCUUGGGGGUGGAAACGGCGGUGGUCACGGUGGCGGUCUUGGGGGCGGAAACGGAGGUGGAGUCGGAGGUGGAAUCGGUGGCGGCCAUGGAGGUGGUGGUGGGCUCGGAGGUGGCCUAGGUGGCGGACAUGGCGGAAACGGCGGACAUGGCGGUUACGGCGGACAUGGCGCUCACGCAAGCGCAAAAGCACACGCCGGUGGAUACGGGCGCUAGAACAACACGAAUAUGGCGGUUCCAAAGUGCAAUAAAACAAUUCAAAAUGUGAUAUAAUUAGAUAUAAUAUCGCCAUUACUGAAACGUAAUAUAAUAUAUUGAUUUAGAACAAA